AUGACUGCUGAGGACUCCACUGCAAGGAUGAGCAACGAUUCCUCCAAUGUGGCUACCACGAAAGUCCCUGAAGGAGUUGCCGGUGCACCCAAUGAGGCGGCUUUGCUGGCCCUCAUGGAGCGCACUGGAUAUAGCAUGAUCCAGGAGAACGGGCAACGCAAGUACGGUGGCCCUCCUCCAGGCUGGGAGGGUCUGCACCCUCCUCGUGGCUGCGAAGUCUUUGUGGGCAAAAUCCCCCGCGACGUCUAUGAAGAUGAGCUCGUCCCUGUGUUCGAGUCCAUCGGCCGCAUCUAUGAAAUGCGCCUGAUGAUGGACUUUGAUGGGAAGAACCGUGGCUAUGCCUUCGUGAUGUACACACAGAAGCACGAGGCAAAGCGUGCCGUCAGGGAGCUGAACAACUAUGAAAUCCGGCCCGGCAGGCUGCUGGGUGUGUGCUGCAGUGUUGAUAACUGCCGGCUUUUCAUCGGAGGUAUUCCCAAGAUGAAGAAGAGAGAAGAGAUCCUGGAAGAGAUUGCCAAGGUGACAGAAGGUGUGCUGGAUGUCAUCGUGUAUGCCAGCGCUGCAGACAAGAUGAAGAACAGAGGCUUCGCUUUCGUGGAGUAUGAGAGCCAUCGAGCAGCGGCAAUGGCCAGGAGGAAACUCAUGCCGGGAAGGAUCCAGCUGUGGGGACACCAAAUUGCUGUUGACUGGGCAGAACCAGAGAUAGAUGUGGAUGAAGAUGUCAUGGAGACUGUUAAAAUCCUCUAUGUGAGGAAUCUAAUGAUUGAGACCACAGAGGACACCAUUAAAAAGGUCUUUGGGCAGUUUAACCCUGGCUGUGUAGAGCGGGUGAAAAAAAUACGUGAUUAUGCCUUUGUGCACUUUACAACCAGGGAAGAUGCCAUUCACGCCAUGAACAACCUUAAUGGUGUUGAACUGGAAGGCUCAUGCCUGGAGGUUACCUUGGCCAAGCCAGUAGACAAGGAGCAGUACACUCGCUACCAGAAAGCAGCAAAAGGAGGGGCCACAGCAACGCCCGAAGUAACUCAGCAACCUAAUUAUGUUUACUCUUGUGAUCCGUACACACUAGCGUAUUAUGGAUAUCCGUACAAUGCCUUGAUCGGGCCCAACAGAGAUUACUUUGUGAAAGCAGGCAGCAUACGAGGCAGAGGGCGAGGUGCAGCUGGCAACAGAGCCCCAGGCCCCAGGGGCUCCUACCUGGGGGGAUACUCCGCCGGCCGUGGCAUCUACAGCAGGUACCACGAAGGCAAAGGAAAACAGCAGGAGAAAGGAUACGAGCUGGUACCCAACUUGGAGUUACCUGCGGUCAAUCCGGUGGCCAUUAAGCCCGGUGCAGUGGCCAUCCCUGCCAUCGGUGCCCAGUACUCCAUGUUUCAGGCUGCACCGCCGGCCAAGAUGAUGGAAGACGGCAAAAUCCACGCUGUCGAGCACAUCAUCAACCCUAUAGCUGUGCGCCCGCCCCCCCCCGCAGCCGCAGCCGCAGCUGUAAUACCGGCCGUCUCAACGCCUCCCCCCUUCCAGGGCCGCCCCAUCACACCGGUGUACACCAUGGCUCCCAACGUGCAGCGGAUCCCCGCCGCCGGGAUUUACGGGACAAGUUACGUGCCAUUCGCGGCGCCCGCCGCGACGACAGCGACGAUAGCCACGCUACAGAAGAACGCCGCCGCUGCCGCUGCUGCCGCUGCCUAUGGGGGAUACGCCGGCUACAUCCCCCCGGCAUUCCCGGCCGCGACCAUCCAGGUCCCCAUCCACGACGUCUACCAGACGUACUGA